AUUAUCGGUUUUUUAUUUAAAAAACUUAUUUUUGAAAUUCAAGAACUAUUGAAAUGUAAUAAUGUAUUAGUUCUGGUGUCCUGCUGAGUAUCAGGAUUUUAAAUUGUAGUGUCAAACUCGUACAUAUUAUUAUUCUUAUAAACUUGAAGAAUUUCAGCAAAAUGGCGCGUAAUCUGUUUUGUGGUAUCGCUUUUACGGCACUGAUUGUGUAUUUUCAAUGUUAUCAAAACAAAACAAUCAACAAUAAUUUUUUUAAUAAUAAUGUCUAACAGAAGAUAAUUAUAGAUUCUUAAUUUUAAUACUUUUGGACGUUUUUAUGAAAUUAACACUGUCGAUUUUUAAAAGUAUUCCUUUUUUAACGAGUGAACAAAAUGAGUAAUCAAAGUUCAGCGGCUAAAGUCGGUGAGAUUUUCAGUGCAGCAGGUACUGCAUUCAGUAGAUUAGGCGAACUGACAUUGACGUUGCAACCAUCAAACGAUACCCCUACACCUAACAGCAAAUGGACUGAUGAUGAUAUAGAAAUGCUACAAAGUGCUGUAAAGAAAUUCACAGAUGACUUAUCUAUUAUCUGCGACCAAAUCAAACAGCGGACAGUAUCACAAAUACAUACAACUCUCAAAAGAAAAUCUUAUGAGAACCGAACAAUCAAUCCAGCUACAUUGACAAGAACACCAAUGUCCAUAACAUCACCAAUAUCAACAAAUAUACUUAAUACAAAAUGUAACUCUGCUGAUGUUACAUUAAACAUGUUAAAUGCACCUCAAGAACAUAAUUCUGGUUCAGAUGAUGUUCCUAGUGAAAAUAACCGACACAGCUUCAAUUGUGGUGUUGAUAUUGAAUAGUUAAGAUAAAAUUUUAAAUUUAUCUGACAUACCAAUAAUUAACUUAAAUUAAAAAGUUGUGUUAUCAGUUAUUGAUUUUUACUCGUUUAAUGGUCU